GCUACUACGAUAGACGUACGACCAGUGUUUCCUAUUAAAGCGAUACACAGUAUUUACUCUAAUCUAUUUAUAAGCCUUAGUUAAAACGGACAAGUAAUAAUUUGGAGUAUACAACAAGACGUGUGCGCAAUUCAAAAAGAACACUCAGUUGAAGAUUGCAAAUAGUGAACAAUAUAUAAAGCAAAUAAUUUACAGUAUUAACUGCGUUUAAAAGAGACAGAACUUAAAAUUUAAAACACACGUGUAUUAACCAUUUUACCAUCGUUGAAGACGAGACUUUAACAAAUGAUAAUGGAAGAUAACACACCGAAAUUAGCAGCAACGAUGGAAGUGCCUGAAAUCCAAGUAGAUGCUGCAGACGACUACACAAAAGCCAUCGAACUGUCAAACGCUUGCCGUGAGUUCUACAGGAACAGGGUGAAGGCGACUGAGAACUUCAAACAGUCCAUGAGCAACAGAAACAACAACAACUGUGUCGCCGGCGCGAACAAGCGGACUUCUAUUGAUGAUGCCAUGGAUAAAUUACGCACGGAGAUGGCGUCUCUAAUGGACCAAGACCUCUCCUUGAUGAAGCAGCUGCUCACACUUAACGAGGCGAUUGAAGACCUGAAAACCAAGCGGCUGUACCAUCUGAGCAAGGAUUCAUUGCGGGCCAGCUCGCAGGAAAUGCACGUUAGCGAUUGGUCGGUUUCGGAAACAGACAUGUUCGAAGAAACUGAUGAUGACGAAUUCGAGAAAAAGCUUUUGGACACUAAAGACAGUUACCAGCUUUCGUCGAUUUCCUUGCCCGUACCCCUCACAAAGCAGUCAAAAGCCCAUACUGACUUUAUCCGGAGAUCAGACCUCGCGAUAGUAGUGCGAGAUCACGUUCACCGAACGGUAAAGCACGAGCCGCAAAGCUCGAUGGACUCUGGCUACGGUGAUGAUGUGCCUUAUCAUAAAAUAUACAGAGGGCCCGUGGAAGUUUCAUUUUGAACAUUAAACAUUUUAAUUCCAGUAUAAACUACGACAGAUCGCCCACUCGGUCUAGAUCCGAGAUCUAGAUCUCCCUUAUCUUCAAUAGAUCGCCUGUGAAUUCCAUUUUUGACUUACCACAUAGUGUGUUCUGUAACCGUUAUGAAUGACUUGUUAUAGACAAUGUCCAGUGUUAGGUCGAGGCUUUGGAGUUUUAAAUCUCCAUGGUGACUCAAGAAUGCCAGAUAUUCGGACGCUGGCCAUUUGAUUCUACAAAGUGUCUUCUCCGUCCAUCGCGAGGCACGCUGGGAACUUUCUACAAUCACGUGAAAAAGAGAGUGUUCUCCUAGCAACCGUUACUGCUGAACAAAGCCGCUAAUAUUACUUCCAUCUGCAGACCUAUGGAAAUAAAUGGCUGCAUCCCGUCACAGUGUAACUGCCUUUUCGAAAGCCGGAAAACAGCUCCACACAAUUGUUAAUGACUUGCGCCCGAACGACGAAACAACAACAACGAACAAACAAUGUGGACCUUAAAACACGUUGCGGAAAUCAAUUCACUUGAAGAGAAUGGAAAAGAAGCUCUCGACAGUUAAUCGAAAUGUUUAUAAAAUACUUAUAUCUGAAAUGACUUGAAAUCUGUCCUCAACACGAAAACAUCUUUGUUGUAACAUGAAGCUUCUUUAAAGUGAUUUUUUUCAAAUGCACGUGUGUUAAUGUAAUUAUGCUAUUCACGAUUGUACGUGAAAACAAUGGUCUAAACAAUAUUUAUCGAUUUUUUUCCUGUAACCAAUACUACUUGCUUUACUUAGUUUUGUUCUCCAUCAAGUAGAUAACUAUGUAUAUGCAUCGUAGUUAAUUUAAACAGUAUUCAUAACAUCAAAUCAAUAUACCCAAAAUGAAGCAUGUAAGAACGCAUUGUUUAAAGGUAGAACAAUCAUUAAAACCCUAUGUGUUUCGCCAUGUCUCUAUUUCAUGCGAGCUGAAAUAGUAGCGCGUUGCCCUGGGACAAAAAGCUUCGGUUGCGAAAAGUAGAAUAAUUAAUUAAUUUAUUGUACAGCAUGUAACAUGUGUAAUUAAACUCUGAAUGACGUCAUAGCCUGGGACUUGAGCCAGUAAAUGCGUGUUAAAGUAUUUCUAGUCACGUGGGGAGAACAUUCAUUUCAAAUGCAUUUAUAUCUCUUUGCAAUACGUGUGUGUUAUUUAAUAUUGUUGUUAUGAAUUUGUGCUUUUUAUUGAAUGUAUUAAGGAAUAUAUUAAAUAAAGAAUAUAAAGGUCUAAAA